AUGGAUUCCGAAGACGGCGAAUAUUUUGUCAAGCAAUUGGCUGCCUUUGUGCGCACGCACGAGAAGGCUCUCGCCAACGCCUUGCAGUUCCAGCGCCGCGAAGCUCGUCACCGCUCCUCCCAAAGCACGAGCGCUGCCGCGAUCCCCACGUCCCCGACCCUUCCCGACCGACCCUCGACAUCAUCGUCCACCAAUUCCUUGGCCGCCGCCUUCUCCUUCGGCUCUCUCAAGUUCACCUCGCACAGUGUCAAGUCGGCGAAGCUGGCCCUGACCCCCCACCACCUGUUUUACAUGCUUUCUCGAUUCGAGGAGCUCGGCAUCGACGUCGGCCCCAUGAAGGUCCGUCUGGAGAACCUCCACGACAGCGCCUCCUCCACCAACUACAUUUCCUUCCUCGGCAACACGGGACGUUCGAGAAGUCGCAGCUCCGAUGUCGGCUCCAUACAUUCCGUCUCGAGCAUCAGCAGCGUCAUGUCGGGCAUGUCGGCGCUCUGGGCGAGCUUCAGCAUCGGCUCGAGCAUCUCGGCCGCGAGGACGGAGCGUCAAAAGGCGGCGGCCCAGGCCGACCUCAAGUACCUCUAUUCGGCCUUCACCAAGAUCCCUUGUCUCAAGCUGGCGCCGGACUGGCGUGCUCGCCUCAUCCGUGGAUAUGAAGAGUUCCCCUUCGACUCGGCUGUCCCCAUUUACGUCUUCAAGAACUUGCAGGCGCUCGAGAUCAGCAGCAUCGACUUCCGCCAGUUCUUCGGCUGGGACCGGUUGGCGGACCAGCUGCGCUCCCUCAGCCUGAGGCACGCCGGAAUCGAGGAUCCCGCCGACAUCCUCAUCGACGUCGUGCUCGAUGACAUGGACAGGCGCCGCCGGAGGUCGUCCAAGGCCCAGUCCUCGCCCACGUCGACCUGGGCUGCCACCAACAUCCCCCGUCGGAGCUCCACCUUUGCCCAACCCCAACCCGAGCUCGUCCGUGCCGUGUCCGCGCCGGGCUCGCCCGAGGUGCAGCAUCCUCUCGCCGACCUGCGAAUUGGGUUGCUGGCGCCCAACGAGUCGGCCAUGGAGGACGCCGACGGCUCCGACAACCCGGGAACUCUGCAGGCGCGCCGCGACAGGGAUGAUGCCGCUCGGUCGCCGCCUCGAUCCGCCUCCAAGGGCUCGCGUCCUCGGAGCAGCUCGCCGUCGCGUCCCCUCGGCUCCCGGAACCCCUCGUCCCACGCUCGCUUGUCGCAGCGCAUCAGGCGCUCCGGCUCCGGAAGCUCGCAUUCGAGCUUGUCGGACUCGUGGCACCAUCACUCCAGAGCCAUGUCGGCGAAUCUCAUGUACGCCGGUGGCUUGCCGCCGUCCAAGUGGCGCUUCCUGAGGCACCUUUGCCUUGCCGACAAUGCCAUGACCUCGAUCCCUCCCGCGAGCCUCGCGCCGCUCUCCAAUACUCUCUAUUCCCUCGACCUCUCCUCCAACCUGUUCAGCCAGAUCCCGGACAGCCUGGCUUCCCUCUCCGCCCUGCGCGCCCUGAACCUCUCCCAGUGCAUGAUCGACUCGCUCCACUCCCUCACCCGCAGCCCGCUCCCGGCCAUCACGGCGCUCAACCUUCGCGCCAACAGGCUCCAGUCCUUGGCCGGCGUGGAGAAGCUGUAUCCGCUGGAACGACUCGACCUCCGAGACAAUGGCCUCGCGGAUCCCAUGGAGCUUGCGAGACUGACGGGAAUCCCCGACAUUCGCGAAAUCUGGGUCGACGGCAACCCUUUCACCCGCACCCACAAGGACUACCGGAUCACCAUUUUCAACCUAUUUCGGGCCACGCCGGGCUACACCAUGGACGUUGACAUUGACGGUAGCGGCCCGAGCUACUCGGAAAGGCGCCAGCUGGUCGACCGGGCUUUGAUCCCGGAUUCGGUCCCGGUGGUGAAGCCCAAGAUCCCGGAGGCGCCGGCCAUCGUGGAAGUUGCCAAACCGGCCAUUGUGUACGGCGCUCCGAGGGACGGCGGCAUGCUGCGAAAGGAGAGGUCGGCAUCGAAAUCCGUGACGAACGAAGUCAACCCGAGCUCGACGCGGCGCCGAAAGGCCCCCAAGAGACGCAUUGUGGACUUGGCCAACGAGCAGGCCGCCAUCCCCGCAGCUGUCGAUCCGCAGCAGGAGCAGCCCCGGAGAGCGGAAUCGAGAGACGCGUCGGAUCCGCCCAUCGGAAACUACCUGACCUCGCGAACCUCGGAGACGAUUCUACUACCGCCCGUGGUCCUGUCGGAUGGUCGGUUGGACAUGCCCACCACCCUCGACGCCGUUGCGGAUAAGCCAGAGCCUCGUGAACCCGCGCCCGCCUCCCUGCCAGACGCGGGCGGGCCUCAGAACUGGGAUGUCGGUGGCGAGCUGUACCGCCGCAAGAUAGAGGCCCUGCGAGACCGUGUUGGCAGCGGCUAUCUCAGCGUGCUGAGCGAGGAGAGCUGGGACGGAAGUUCCGUGUACGCCCCCGCCGGCGUGCCACCCAUCCCACCCCUCCGAGCAGGUCACAUGUCGCAUCAUGCGACCCCUGGCCACGCAGUUCACAGCGGUCGCAUGCUGGGCUAG